AGCACCCACACAGUCAUCUGAGACGAAUACGGCAUCUGAACAUCUUUCUGCUGCUGUUGCUCUACUUGUCACAAAUCAAAGCUUGGCGACCAUGUCCAGAGCUCAGUCCGGCAUUGCGGUUACCCUGCAGAUGCAAUGUGGUGCCAUUCGCUUCGACGGGGCAGCUGGGCGCGGUUGCAAUGGACUGCGAUCGUGUCGUCUUCCAUGGCGAGGCGCCGCAAUUGCCGUAUGGCGCGCCGAUUGUCUCCUACUCGCAGCGCUACAGCGGCCAGCAAGUUUUGCCAUCGCAGGUGAGUGGACCGACGAUGAGUUAGUUAGUGCAACGUUGAGCUUGGGCCUCAGGCAGCGUUGCAAUUCAGCCCAACAGCCAACAACAAAAGUGGUCAAUACGCAAUCAACUGAAAUUACCGUCUUCACAUAAGUACUUCCAUAUGUAUGAGUGCGUGUGCGUGUACAUGCGUAUUGUAGCCUGUCAAUUUAAAUCAUAAUAUUAAAUUAUUACAGACAAGCAUUUUAUGCUAUUUAUGUUUGUCGAAGUUUUUUUUUUUUUUAUCCACUGUUGCGCUUGG